CCUGGCUGAUGUCCGUGGUACACACUGCGGAGGCCUUGGGCGGGUGAGGAGGGGUGGGUGAAAAGUGCGGUCACCCAGAACUUCAAAAAUUCAAAUUCAAAUUCUCGCGGAUGCAAGGCGGCAGGGGCGAAGGACGGCCAGGCGACGCGUGUGACGUACAAAAGACGGCGCUGGCGAACCAUUCGGCGCAGGUAUCCAUCUCCCGACUCCACGCAAGUUGUUACCAGCGGGGGCAACUUCCGGCAAGGCGCAUCUUCACCUCCGCCGUGUGUGCUGUCCUGUGCAAGCAUAGAGCAGCGGGCGCGUCGUCGACUCCGGCGUACGCCAUCUCCUGUUGCAGCGUACGGCAGCGGGCGCAUCUACGGGUCCGGCGUGCGUGGUCUCUCUUCGCUUGGUUCAGCAGCGGGCAUGUCUUCGGCGGCUGUGGCAGGCGUCACGCUGUGGGGGCAGAACGAUUCCCAGAGAUGGACGUUCGCGGCAGCAGGCACGGUCUGCGCGAAGAGAAGAUCGACGAGGUGGCGAUGGUGGUUACCGCCGUCGUCGUGAACACAAUGGGCGGCAUGUCGUCGUCCUCAAGCGACAUGCUGACGCAGCUCCGAAAACGAAGAGCGCUGUUGCAGCGCAUUGCCGAAGCGCCGGAUUGUGUGGCCACGUGUGAGGCAGUCGUCCAGUUGUGUGCCGCGCUGUCAUCUGGCGUUUUCCCGCGGCAGACCCCGCAUUGGUGGAUUAAACGACGGACUGGCGGAACAUGGGAGGAUCUCCGCCUCUGUGAUGACGCGACAGACGAGUACUACCGGCAGAAGUUGCACAUGUCGAUGGCCAUGUUCAGGCAGAUCGUAGCCCCGUGCGCCGCGUACGUGGAGAAGAAGGUGACGCACUAUAGGAUGUCAUUGCCAGUGGAGCAGGUGAUCGCUUUCGCGUUGUACAGGCGUAGACGUGCGCAGAUUCUGCGCGCAUUCCGUGACAAGGGUUUCCCGAACUGCUUUGGCGCGAUCGACUGUACACACAUCUACAUUGACAAGCCCGCCGGCGCAUCUUCGGACAACUUCUACGACCGCAAACAGAAGUUCUCCGUGCAAGUGCAGGUGGUGGUGGAUUUGGAUCUGCGGAUCCUCGACGUCCACAUCGGAUACCCAGGAAGUGUGCACGAUGUCCGUAUCCUGUACAAUUCCCAGCUGUGGAGGCAUGCAGAAGUUGGCGAGCUGUUCGACGCACCUCCGGAGAAUCUGCCGCACGGUGUCGUCACGCGAGGUUACCUGCUAGGCGACAACGGUUAUCCAGUUGCUUGUCCAUGGAUCGUGCAGCCGUACGGAGGAAUCGACCAAGAUCCUGACGAGGAGCGCUUCGACACGCGGCAGAAGGUGACGCGGGGGUGUGUGGAGAGGGCAUUUGGGCGACUGAAGUGCAUGUGGCGUCUGUUCUUGCGCACCCACAAGACGAACCUGGAGACCUUGCCACAACAAUUCGAGGUCGUGUGCACUCUCCACAACAUCCUCCUCGACGAGGGGAUCGACUUCGAUGAGAACCUUUUGUGGGAGGUGGAUGAGAACGGCAUUCGGGGUAGAGUAGACUUGGGCAUUGUGGGGAAUGGAGCGGGCGGGCAGCGACGGAGCACGGACGUGGACGGGGACUUGUUGCGGGAUGCACUUCGAGACCACAUAGCUCUGAUGUAGGACCGUGCGGACGGGAGGGGUAGGNUGGUCGCCUCCGCC